UUUAGCUGUCCUUCGAUGCAUUAUUUCUUCUUCUCCUUCACACAUAUCUCCAAAAUCCCUAGAAAAAACCCCAUCUCCCUCUCUCUCUCCUUACGCCCAAAAACACAUCCCCAUUUCUCUCCUCAAAUCUCUCUCUUCUCUCUCUCUCUCUCUCUCACAUUCUGUGUCUCAGAUCUCGAACUGCAUAGCUUUUGCUUCAUCAACCCAUUCUCUUGCAACUCUACUUCGGGGGAGAAUUAGGGAGGUGGUAGGAAGAAGAGCCAAAAGAACUGAAAGUGGCAUUUCGGAUAUCAGAUGUCUCAUGUGAGAUGAAGAAGACGACCCACUCCCAUCUUCAUCUCUCACUUCUCAUUGCCUUGUUUCUUGGCACAGUUGUGUGCCUCUCUGCUGCUAAGCAAGCACCGACUAUCUCUAGCUAUGGAGGCCUCAGUGACGCCGACGCUAUGUACAUCAAGAAGCGGCAGCUUCUUUACUACAAAGACGAAUUUGGUGACAGAGGAGAGAGAGUCACAGUAGACCCAUCUCUUGUUUUUCCGAAUCCAAGACUUAGAAAUGCUUACAUAGCAUUACAGGCUUGGAAACAAGCCAUCUUCUCAGACCCUCUAAACCUUACAGCCAAUUGGGUUGGAUCCCAAGUUUGCAACUAUGAGGGGGUUUUCUGCGCUCCAGCUCCGGACAACAAAACAAUCCGUACAGUUGCCGGCAUUGAUCUCAACCACGGUGAUAUUGCAGGGUACUUGCCUGAGGAGCUUGGCUUGCUGGUGGAUCUUGCAUUGUUUCACAUCAACUCUAACAGGUUUUGUGGGACUGUACCUCGUAAGUUCAAGGACAUGAGGCUGCUCUUUGAACUGGAUCUUAGCAACAAUCGGUUUGCUGGGAAAUUUCCACAGGUUGUGCUCAAGCUGCCUUCACUCAAAUUCUUGGAUCUGAGAUUCAACGAGUUUGAGGGUACUGUACCAAAAGAGCUAUUUGACAAGGACUUGGAUGCAAUCUUUAUCAAUCAUAACAGGUUCGUUUUCGAUCUACCUGAAAAUCUUGGCAACUCCCCAGUAUCUGUCAUCGUUUUGGCGAACAACAAAUUUCAUGGAUGUGUGCCGUCAAGCUUAGGUAACAUGUCAAACCUCAAUGAAAUCAUCCUCAUGAACAAUGGGUUUAGAUCUUGCAUGCCAGCAGAGAUAGGUUUGCUUAAAGACCUAACAGUCUUGGAUGUUAGCUUCAAUCAAUUAAUGGGUCCAUUACCAGACGCAUUUGGUGGAAUGGCGAGUCUUGAACAGCUCAAUGUAGCUCACAACAUGCUCUCAGGGAAGAUUCCGGCAAGUAUUUGUAAGUUGCCGAAUUUGGAUAACUUCACCUUCUCUUAUAAUUUCUUCACUGGAGAGCCACCAGUGUGUUUGAGUCUACCGGAUUUCAGUGACAGGAGGAAUUGUUUGCCAGCAAGACCAUUACAGAGAUCUGCUGCACAAUGUAACGCAUUUUUGUCUAGACCUGUUGAUUGCAGCUCGUUUAGAUGUGCUCCUUUCGUUCCAUCUUUGCCUCCUCCCCCUCCUCCCUCACCUCCAAUGCCGGUACCUUCACCUCCACCUCCACCACCAGUUGUUAUUCCACUGUCACCUCCACCCUCUCCGCCACCUCCAAUAUUUUCACCCCCGCCACCAGUGCACUCUCCACCUCCGCCCCCUCCACCAGUGUACUCUCCGCCUCCUCCCCCUCCACCUUCUCCAUCGCCGCCACCACCCCCACCCGUAAAUUCACCACCACCUCCACCGCCCUCUCCCCCACCGCCCUCUCCCCCACCUAUUCACCCCCCCCCACCCCCUCAAUCGCCCCCCCCACCUUCUCCACCAUCACCAGUGUAUUCUCCUCCACCGCCUCCUACUCCACCUCCCCCACAAUCAUCACCGCCACCACCACCAUCCCUGUCUCCCCCGCCGCCUCCUACACCACCCCCACCAUCUCCAUUACCUCCAUGUGUACGUUCCCCACCACCGCCUCCACCAAAUUCACCACCACCUCCAUCACCAAUAUUCUCCCCACCACCACCUAUUCCUUACUAUUAUAACUCCCCACCACCCCCAUCACCUCCACAUUCGCCUCCACCUCCACAUUCGCCUCCACCACCAGUUUAUCCUUACUUAUCACCUCCACCACCACCUCCUGUCAAUUCUCCACCUCCCCCAGUUUAUUCAUCACCGCCUCCACCCCCACCUUGUAUAGAACCGCCUCCACCUCCACCUCCACCAUGUAUAGAGUAUUCACCACCUCCACCCCCACCUUCAUCGUCACCGCCUCCUCCUAUACAUUAUAAGCCACCACCAUCACCAUCCCCACCACCACCACCAGCAGUUUACUACCAUUCUCCCCCACCAUUGUCGCCUCCACCCCCACCCGUAAUCUAUGGAAGUCCGCCACCUCCGACUCCAGUGUAUGAGGGACCAUUACCACCAAUCACAGGGGUUUCAUAUGCUUCACCUCCACCACCACCCUUUUAUUGAUUCUUUUGAGAAUUUCCGAUCUCUAACCUUCCAUCAAACAAGGAGAGAAAUACUAUGGAUUUCGUCAUCAGGGUUUCUUUUUUCCUCUUGUGGGCGAUUCUCGUCGCUCUUCUAGAGAAAAUUGAGAAAGAGUCUGGGCAGUUUACAUGAUUGAAUCAUCUCUUGCAGAUGGUCUCAGUCAGAUUUAUUGCAUUGUUAUUACUGAUCAUUGUUAAAGAAUUGAAGCAAAGAAGACAAUUUAGAGAGGUAAGAGGGGAAAUUGUCUCCAUAUUUAUUUGAAUUGUUAUGGAAUAUUUGAGUUGCGAAAUAAAAAUGGCAGAGAAAGAUCAGUAGGUUGCAGAGAGAGUGCAUGUAUAGGGAUGGAACGGAGACCAUAAUCAGGGCUAGCUAGCAUUGCUGCUCGAUUGUGUUCUUUUUUCUUUUUUCUUCUUUUAUCAUACCUGGUUCCUUAUUUUUGUUUUUCGAUUUAUAGUAUAAUAAUCACGAACACUUCACUUGUA